AUGACCCGUCUACUCCACCGAGUUGCGGCUUUUGCAGUCGCAACGUGGGCCGUCAUCGCCCAUGCUCAAACAGCAACCAACAGCAGCGGCACCCCCGCUGGCAUCCAGGCGGAAAACUUCGGCGUUGGAUGCGGCGAGACCGUCGCGUACCCGGCUUUCACCGACGAUUCCACGCCUGAGCCGCAGUUCGCGUACACGAUCACGAAUUCGCUGGCGCAGUUCGUCUCCAUCCACUUCACGGCUUUCAAUCUGCCCAAGAACGACUACGUGCAGAUCCGCGCGGCCAACCCGAGUGACCCGGAGACAACAGUGCUGAAGUACCAUGGCGAUGAUGCAAGUGGAGACUUCUACUCCACCGCACUACAAACCACAUCCGUUGUUGUGGAGCUUUUCACGCAGACCACCGACCCCGCUGUGGGUGCCCAAGCAGUCAACACCUUCCUCUGCCUGGGCUUCACCGUCGACAGCUACCGAUUCCUCGCCCAACCUGCCAACAAUGCCAAGUCCCAGCAAGAAGAAGUGUGCGGCGCUGAUGAGAGUCAACAAGCUGUGUGCUACUCGUCGUACACCGAAGCAUACAAGGCCUCGGGUGCUGUGGCGCGCCUGCUGAUCCACAAGUCGACGGGCUCCUUCUUCUGCACGGGCUGGCUUUUAGGCAACGGGGGGCACCUCAUCACCAACAACCAUUGCAUCUCGCAGCAGGCCCACGCCAGCAACACGGAGUUCGAGUUCAACGCUCAGGGUGCGACCUGCAGCACCAAUUGCAACAAGGGAAUGGCAUGCGGCGGCAAGGUGCGAGCUCGGUCUUCGACACUCAUUUACGCCGACGCCACGCUCGACUACGCGCUGGUGAAGCUGCCGAUCAACCUGUCGGGCGAGUAUGGAUUCCUGCAGCUCCGCCAGACGGGAGCUGUACUCUCGGAGAGGAUCUACAUCCCGCAGCACCCGGCUGGUUGGGGCAAGCACAUUGCGAUGAAGACGGACAAUGGAUGGGGCAAGGUGACGUCGCUGAACACGAAUGGAUGUGCCAGGGAGCAGGUCGCUUACAUGCUCGACACGCAGGGUGGGUCAUCCGGCUCGCCUGUCAUUGCCUGGGCGGACAACGCCGUCGUCGCCUUGCACCACUGCGGAGGCUGCCCGAACACGGCCAUCAACAGCUACAAGCUCGUCAACGACAUGAAAGCGCGCAACAUUCUGCCCAGGAACGCCGUCUACAGCGCCGCCACUUCAGCUCCGACGACUUCUCCUCCGACGCAAGCCCCGACCUACGCCCCCGCUCCCACUACCAAGACGAAAGUGGAUGGCACGAUCACAUCGACUGCUACCUUCACAUCGAUCGACUACGUGGAUUUCAAGCUCUCGUCGGAUGCAGUUGUCGAGCUGGACAUCCUCUCCAUGGAGGAGAAGGCAGGAGGCGGAUAUGUGGAUGUAAACGGCGACUGCAAUGCCGGAUACCUCGACACCAGUAUUGUCCUGUUCAGUGCCAACACUGCUACGGGUGCCAUGACCGCUGUUGCUGCUAACGACAACGCUCCUAACGGAUACGGCAAUGGCGACGGAUCUAUCAGCUCUGCUGACUCAUACUUGUACCUGCAACUCACGGCGGGCAGCUACCGAUUGGCGGUGAGUGCGUCGGGGCUCACACCGAAGCAAGCUGCAAACAAGCAAAUGCCCCUGUCCCCGAUGGUGCGCGUGUGCGAUAAGGGCACCUCGAACUACGGCAGCUACCGACUCACGAUCAGCACCAGCGCGACUGUGAAAGUUUCCGGACCGGGCAGCUACAUCGGCUCGCAGUGCAAAGUCGUGUCUCCGAACGCUCCGUACUCGCAGUGCCCCUACCACCUCGAAGCCGCUGCUGCCUAUGCCACUGGUGUUGAGGGCUCCAUUGUUCGUAGCUAUGGUGCAGUGUCCGUGGACUACAUCCCGUUCAAAGUCCCCGCUUUCAACCGAAUUACAGUGGAGGUGGCGUCAUACGGAAGCGCGGACGGCACGAACUUCAUGGAUGUAAACGGAAACUGCGAGAGCGCGUACGUGGAUGCAGUCGCCUACCUCUUCCACUCCAACUCGGCAGGUUUGUCAGCCGCGGACCUCGUAAACUCGGGUGACGACGACGAUAACUUCGUCAAGCGGACGCACUACCGCUCCAUCAGCUUCCGCGAUCCUUACCUAUCGCUGGCACUUCCGGCCGGAGACUACACGCUCGUUGUGGGCCGCUACCCGCUAAGUCUCGAAGACACCAUCGCACGCGUCAGCCGGGCUUCGGCCGACAAGCUCACCCCGGAGUCGUGCGGCAAGAAGUCGGACCGCGGCAACUACCUGGCCAUCUUGAGCUCCGCCGACAAGCUGGACAUCACGUCACCCGGUUCAUUCUCGGGCAGCAGGUGCCCCAGCGACGUUGGGAAGCAGGUGUGCACAGCCUAA